CACCGCUCAGCUUGUAUUAUAAUAUGGCUGCGCCCGUUGGUAAUUUUGAGUUUCCUUGGCAAUACAGUUUUCAGCCAUUUUUCACAUUGCAGCCGAAUUUAGACACGAGAAAAAAACAAGUUGAAGCAUGGUGUUCUCUCAUAUUAGCAUAUCACAGGCAUGAAAGGCAGUACAUCUUAGAUGUGGUGGAAUCACAGAAUUCACCACUCUUCUGCAACAAAGAGAUAAAUCGGAAAUUACGUUUGGAUGAUGUACAAUACUUAUUAGAGGAGCUGCAAAAGAAAGGGAAUGUUGAAUGGUUGGACAAAACUCAAACACGAUGCUAUAUUCUAUGGAGAACAAUUGAAGAAUGGGGUACAAUACUAUAUGGAUGGGCCGCAGACAAUGGUAAACAGAAUACUGUGUGCACACUAUACGAAAUCACCAAUGGAGAAGACACAGCAGGAGAAGAUUUUCAUGGGCUGGACACCAACAUUCUUCUUCGCGUUUUGCGUGCACUGGAGAGACAGAAAAAGGCCGAAGUGUUCUCCCUAGGUGAUUCAGAAGGAGUAAAGUUCUUUUGAGAUAAUCUUGAACGCCAGUUUAUCAAUAGAAUUGUGGUAAAUUAUGGUGUUUAUGGUUAAAAUACACUUAACUGGUUUUCGAUCAAUAAUAUAUGGAAAGAAUAGCUGCAUAUAUGCCUAUUAUUUUCUGGAAUAGGUCGGUUUGGUCUGUACCUGUUAACACCACAGUGUGCUACAUCAAUUUGCACCUGGUCUUUUCAUCGCAAUUGCUUGAAAUGUGUUAUCGUAAAUGUAAAUUAGUAAUUCACUGUUUGCAGUCUACAUAUUCAGUAAGAAGUAUUUUGGUGAAUAAAUAAUUUAUAAUCAACAGCGGUCAGUCUACUAAGAUCGAGUGAAAUAGUGAAAGUUAUCUCUAACGGUAGUGAUCACAAUGUUAAAUUUGUAAUGUCAGUGAGCCUAAAAAUGUAGAUGUGCACAUUUUCAAAAUCUAUGUUGCCCCUCUGAAUACAUACAGCAUUUUGUUUGAGCUAUCUUGUGGGCCUUUUUUAGGUUGGCGGCAGAGGGUUGAGCUUGAGGGUUACUUACUCUUGAGAAACAUUUGAUUAUGUUUUUAAUCUAUUUCAUAGCUUAAAUUUGUUUAUUUUGUGUGGUUAUCACAUUAUAUACAAUACUGCAUUUCAUUGUGGUUUAUAAACUGAAACAUUAGGGGAAAUGUGUAAAUAUGAUAUUUUCUUCCCCUUGUUCAUUUUUGUCAUUGUAUAUGUUACCAGAAACUGAUCCUGUUUUGAUGAUGAAGUACAUGCAUUCAGCUUAAAAAGCUAACUGUGGCAGUAUUAUCACAAAACUAUGCAUAUAUUAUGUAUAUAUAUUAUAUAUAUAUAUAUAUAUAUAUAAUUUAUUCCUGAUGCUAUGUAUACGUAGGUUUGUGAUAUUACAGUGUAGUCAUAUCCUAAAUAGGAAACAGAGAUAUAUCCAGAAUAAAUACGUGAAUUUAUAUUUCGUUAUAUCUAGUAUAUAGGUGCUCAACUGUCUUUUGGUUUUUGUGAGUAUUUUUUCUUACAUGCAUUUGGAAUUCUAUUAUGCACUUAUAGAAAAAUCUUGGACAUACCCAGUAUCAGUUGCAAUAUCACAAAGAAUAUUGACAAAUUACAUUCUUUCUAAUCAUUUGAAUUGUUUUGGAAUAUAUAUAUAUAUAUAUAUAUUAAGACAUAGUUCGUAGACAUUGCGUGUCUGUGUUUCAGUGUCUGAAGCAGGUUUACUCUAGCAAUGUGUUUCUCAUACUACUAUAUUACAGAAUUUUUAUCAUUCAGCCGGUUAGGCCCCACUAUGUUAUUUGAGGUGAACGAGUAUAUACUGAAUGCCGCAUUCUUUGUGUCGAAACGUAUUGCUGCAUUUAGUGUUUAGUUCACAUUGUGCAAUAUGGACUGACAAAAGAAGUUUAUAGAAAAUAAUUCUAUCAACGAAUUAUAAGUUUGCCGAAAUACUCCAUGUAAUAAGAGUGCUCUCUGCCUACGAAUAUAUGAAUAGGCGUGUAUACAUUGCGACGGGAAAAUUUUAGCAUAUGCGAAGAAUAAUGGCGUUUUGCUUUUGUUGAUUUUGUUAUUUCUCGUUGAUGUCGCGUGGGCGCACAGGUGCGCGAGUUUACGUGUGAUUGGUGUGCAAUAAACCACAAUGAAUUUGCCA